AGCGGCCGCCCCAGGCCUGUCUCUCCGGGGGGGUUCCCGGGCACGGAGCCUGACGGGACACAGGUCGCUGGGGCCGCCCAAAGCGGCGCGGGCGGGCGGCGCUGGGCCCACCCCUCCUCCCCGCGGGGGCGGUGGCGAGGGCGGGCCGGCCGGCACCCGGAAGAGAAGCCACCGCCCGCCCUCCUGACUUCUCCGGCAGGCAGGCAGGCAGGCAGGGAGGGAGGAAGGGAGGAAAGGAGGAAAGCCGGCGGGCGCCAUGCUGCAGUUCUUGCUUGGUUUUACUCUUGGCAAUGUGGUUGGGAUGUAUCUGGCUCAGAACUAUGAUAUUCCUAACAUUGCAAAGAAGCUUGAAGAUUUUAAGAAGGAUGUGGAAGCUAAGAAGAAACCUCCCAGCGACAAGUCCUAAGAGAACAAUGUCAUCCAGGUCACCUCUGUGCAUGCAUCAAGGAUGCAAUUUACCUUUCAGGCAACAAAGAUCAAGUAGAGGGUUGGCAUGGGAGGUUCCUCCACUUUUAGUCUCCUAGAAAUGGAAUGUCCUUCUGUUGAAAGAGCAGCCGUGAACUUCUCCUGGGACUGAUUUUCAAGGGGCUAAGAAUCAGGAUUUGCAGCUGAUACAUGACUGGAUAAGAUUGUUUGUAUUUUUUGUUAUUACUUUUCCUAAUAUUUUGUAACCCAUUUUUACCUGACCUAACUGGAGUCCUAUUAGUCCUGUUACUAUGCGUACCUCAUACUUUGUAAUACCCUAGUUCUUAUAACAUCCCAAAAGAAAUUAAAUGCAUCAAGAAGUAA